AUGCAAACACGACAACAACCACCACAACGAGUACUUCGGCAACAGACACUACGACGAGUACUUCGACCACAGCCACAACGAGUACUUCAACAACAACCAGCACGACGAGUACUUCGACAACAACCACCACAACCACCACAACGAGCACUUCGACAACGACCACCACAACGAGUACUUCGACAACAGCCACAACGACUACUUCGACAAUAA